GUCCUUGUCCCGGAAGUGUGUUCCUCCAGCUGAUGUGUUCAGGAAGUAGAAUCUGACAGCUGACUAACUGUUAGCUUAGCCUGCUAGCUAACAUGUUGUGGUUUAAUGGUUCGAUCCCUGACGCCAUCCUCUCUGCUAAACAACAGGGCCGCGUGUUCGUGGUCGUUAUAACAGGUGAAGAUGAGCAGUCAGCUCAGCUGAUGUCCAGCUGGGAGGAUGACAAAGUGUCAGAAGCAGCAAACCGCUGCUGUGUGGCUAUCAGAGUGGAUGCCGCCAGUGAGACCUGUGUGCAGUUCUCUCAGAUCUAUCCGGUGGUGUGCGUACCAUCAAGCUUCUUCAUCGGAGAGAACGGCAUUCCUCUGGAGGUCAUUGCUGGCAGUGUGCCAGCUGAAGAGCUGAUGAAGAGGAUCCACAGAGUGAAGCAGAUGCACGCUCAGCAGAUAACACCAGACACGGGUGCUCCUGAGCAGUCAGGCCCAUCUGAAGACACAGCCUCACAACCAGCAGCAGAAGCAGCUCCUGUCUUAGCCUCAGAUCCAGGUCCGUCAGUGCCCGUCACGGCGGCAUCAGAAACAACAAAAGCAUCUCUCUCUGUGAGUCCGGCUGAAGAACAGUCAUCACAACAACAGACUGAAGAGAACCUGGAAGCUAAAGUAGAAAGGUUGACAAAGAAACUGGAGGAGAGACGAGAGCAGAGGAAGGUCGGAGAGGAGGAGAAUGAGAUCAAGAAGGAGAUGGAGCGGAGGAAGGUCGGCAAAGACAUGCAAGACUAUAAGAAGAAGCAGGACGACGAUAAGACCAAGAGACUCAUGGAGGAAAGGAACCGAGAGAAGGCGGAGGAAAAGGCCGCCAGAGACCGAGUGAAGCAGCAGAUCGCACAGGACCGAGCUGACCGGGCAGCACGUUAUGCUCAAGUCCAGGAAGAGGAUAAAGCUGCUAAAGAGGCGGCACAGCAGGUCAGACAGGCACAGCAGGAGGCCAGGAAGGAGGCGAUGCUCAGGGAGAGGAGUACUGUAGCGAGGAUCCAGUUCCGGCUCCCCGACGGCUCCUCCAUCACUAACCAGUUCCCGGCGCAGAGCAGACUGCAGGAGGCUCGACAGUUCGCGGCUCAGGAAGUGGGAAAAAGAUAUGGAAACUUUUCCCUGGCGACCAUGUUCCCGAGGCGGGAGUUCACCACUGAAGACCUGGACAAGACCCUGCUGGAGCUGGAGCUGGCUCCCAGUGCUUCCAUAGUACUCCUACCGCAGUCCAGCAGACCUUCUAACACGGUGAUUCAGUCCUCUGGAGGGGGGAUCUGGGCAGUUCUGGGCACGAUCCUGUACCCUCUGCUUGCUGUGUGGAGAUUCCUCAGCUCCUUCUUGUUCCCAGCUCCGCCUCCUCCUAGCACAGCAUCCAGAGGCCCCACCCACCAUCAGUCCAACUCCUACACAAAGUCCACACCAGCGUCUGAGAAAACAAACAGAGAAACUCUGUCCAAACAAACUCUGGAGAAGCGUCCCAAAGACUUCAAGAAAGAUGGCAAAAUCUGCCGACUGAGGACUCAGGAGGACAGCGAGGACGACACCAACACAUGGAACGGGAACUCCACCCAGCAGAUGUAGCGCCCCUCUACAGGCUUUAAUAGUCCGGUCUGAUCCCUCUGUUCUCUUACUGUGUUCCAGGCUCUGCUCCUGGCCUGCAUGGUAAUAAUCAAUAAUUAUCUUUGGUCCUCUCUGGACCUAGCAGAGUUUGUUUGUGUGAUCCUGGUUCUGUCUCCUGACCCGGCUCAGAUUACAGCAGGUCUAGAAUCUUUAGUUCUCCUUCUCAGAUACAGCACAAGGCCCAAGCAGGUCUUAAUAAACCAGGUCUAUUGAACAAGGUCUAUUCAAACCAGAUCCAUGUUACCCAGGUCUACUGAAACCUGGUCUCUGUGAACCAGAUUGUCUAUACUUUCCUCCUGACAAGUGACCUUUGACCUCACAGUGACCUUUGACCUGAUGUGUUGUGAUCUGAGCUGGAUGCAUUCUGUACUCUGAAAUGUUUAAUUUUGAAAAUGUAACUGACAGUGACUCACCUGGAUGACCUUUGAACUCGGAUGAUUUUGUCGUACAUGUUAACAUUUUCCAUUAGACAGCUUGCAAACACACACACACACACUCAUGCACAUGCACACACAGCUACACACACACACACACACACACACACACACACACACACACACACACUGGGUGGCUUCUGUAGUUCUCCUCAUUAAACAAGAAAUUAAAGCAGCCCGUUUUUCAGAAACUC